ACGCCCCGAAAAAUCCGUCCACGUGCAACAUGUUUACGUAGUACGUGGCGCCGCGCCGGUGUGUAAAUCCGUACUACCUUCGAGAUCGACUGAGGCGCCGUCUCCAGCUAGCUCCGGCCCCAAGACCUUGGCCAGCCGUACACUACCACUCAACGCGACCAGCUCCUCAUUCUCCUGACAAGUACAGUAUUCUACACUAAUAUAAAGGCAAGCUACAUGAGGACGUAGAUCAUUGAGAAAAUCAAAUAUGGCAGCUAAUAAAGCGGAUACUCCUUUCGAUUUUAAUGAGCAUCAGCAUAUUCGUUACAAUCCCCUGAAGGGCGAAUGGGUCCUUGUAUCACCACAUCGCAUGAAACGACCCUGGAAAGGUCAAGUAGAGAAACCUACAGAGCAGAAUAUCCCUAGGCAUGACCCCAAGAACCCGCUGUGUCCCGGGGCAACCAGGGCUCAUGGCGAUGUCAAUCCAGACUACCAGAGCACCUUUUUGUUUGAGAAUGACUUUCCUGCUCUUCUACAGGAAGGAGCCCCAACACCCGGUACAAAUGAACAUCAUCUUUUGAAAUGUGCUCCUGCAGUUGGAACAUGUCAGGUGAUGUGUUUUCAUCCGUGGUCAGACAUCACUCUCCCUCUCAUGUCAUUGGACCAAAUCAGGACGGUGAUUGACAAGUGGGCGGAGCUUAUCACAGAUUUUGGUGCUAAAUACAAAUGGGUUCAGAUCUUUGAAAACAAAGGAGCUGUGAUGGGAUGUUCUAAUCCUCACCCACAUUGUCAGAUGUGGGCGAGUAACUUCAUGCCCAAUGAGCCGAGGAUAAAGGACGUUUAUCAGAGGGAUUAUCUAAGGGAACAUGGGACGCCACUGCUGCUGGAUUAUGUCAAAUUAGAAGCAGAAAAGAAGGAGAGGAUAGUAGUUGAAAACAAGACAUGGAUGGCUGUCGUACCUUACUGGGCAACAUGGCCGUAUGAGACGAUGCUGUUACCACGGCGACAUGUCCUCCGACUCCCAGACCUGACUGAUGAGGAGAGGAAUGAUCUAGCGGACAUCACAAAGCGUCUGCUCAUCAAAUAUGACAAUCUCUUUGAGACCAAUUUCCCAUACUCCAUGGGCUGGCAUGGUGCUCCAACAGGGGAGGAUGUUGGUAAGGACAACAGCCAUUGGCAGCUCCAUGCUCUGUACUACCCCCCUCUUCUACGUUCAGCUACAGUCAAGAAGUUCAUGGUUGGAUAUGAGAUGCUGGCCCAAGCACAGAGAGAUCUCACUGCUGAACAGGCGGCUCAGAAGUUAAGGGCACUUCCCGAUGUCCAUUAUAAGUUAAAGGACCAAUCGGUCAACAACUCGGACCAAUGAUAGCCACUCGAGGGACUUCUUGUGCAACCCUUCGAUAUCUACUGAGCCUUUUUUUCAAAGCAAUAUGGUAUUACCAACAAGUGCAAUACUUAUUGCAGAAAGAUUAUUGGCAUGGCUUGAAAAGGGUUCUGUAGUGUUUGGUGACAUAGUGCUGAACUUUAAUAGAAAGUGGCGACCUUGCGACUAUAAGGUCAGUGUGCUGUAUCUGCAUGGGUGUUGACAUGUUGCUCAUCAAAUAGGACACACAAUAAUAAAAGAGACAGGUAAUUCAAUUCAAAUCUGAGUCAAACUAUCAGAAAAUGUUUUAGGCCUCAAAUUGUAGUCUUCUGAAUCAAAACUCCAAUGUGGGUUAAAUGAAGGAGUGGGAAGAUGUCAGCACCAUUGCAAUAUGACAUUUUUUCCCCCUUGUAUUUGUACUCCAUAUCAUAUGAGGGUUUAGAAUAAGAUAAAUGACACCAUGUGAGACCUUUCUAAAUAUUGAAAGAACUAUGAUGUUUAAUUUUAAGUCCAUUGUUAGGUGUGCGGACAUAGGGCUUCCCUUCAUAUAAAUGAGACUCCUAGUAAUAAAAUCACUUUAUUGUACAAAUCCAUUUAUAUCAGUUUAUAAAAGGAUUUAGGAAGACAAUAUAAUCAUUAACACAUUAAGUGUAUUGAAAAUGCCCGUCCAAUGACAAUGAACAGCUGGGAGGCCUUUGUCGAAAAUUGGUGAACCAGAACAGCAGUUUCGUCUUUAAGUUUCGGGCUGAUGAACAAUUACAAGUAUGUCAUUUUUUCCAGAGUCCAGGACUAAACUUCUUUUUGAUUCACCAAUUUUUUACAAAAACUUUUUGGUUGUUCUUUUUCAUGAAGGGCAUUUAAUAAUAGAUUUUGCAUGAUCUUGAAUCUGUUGUGCUUUCAUGAAAAUGAAACUCCCUAUUAAAUGCCUUUAAUGCAGUAUCAGGAACGAUGUUAUGUAGGAACCUAGUUUCUACAUGACUUUGAUGGCCUAUAUCUUUGUAUGAACUCAUGUAGUAUAAUAAUGAUAAUAAUAAUACAGGUAUAUUUACCCAGGGAAGCCGCUUCAGUUCCGAAAACUGUUCUCCCAGCGGGCCCUGCUAUUAUUAUUAUGUAUUGCUGCAAAAGUCAAGUUUAGUUUUGAUCUCAAAUGAUGUACUCUCAGUACUAAAUCUGAAAGUUUUAGAGCAUAUGAUAUUUCUUAAAGGUGUAUAAUUUGCAAUGUUUUAUAUACGUUUAAAAGUUAUUGUAUUCACAUAUCAAGCUCCACAUAGAACAUGUGUGCUAGUAAAUCAUAUUGUGUCAAUACUGCCAAAGCUGUGUGUAUAUAAUAAACUGAUGAAACAAUUUUUUUUUUCCCUUUAUAAGGAAUAUUUUCAUCAGAAACCUUUUCAAAUAAAUUACUCAUGGUACAUUCAUUGACUUGGUUACAUGUUAUAUUUUAAACAUCUCUGCUGAGAUGUAGGCACCCCUGGCACACAAAUGCAGUUGAUUGCAAGUCAACCGUAAAUCCUUUAAAGUCAAUCAUACGUCUCGCAAUCAAUUGGAAAUUCGAGUCUGGUCUAUAAAAAUAUAGAAUGAAGAUUUUGCUGUGUUAUACAUGUCCCAACCUAUUACCCACUUCUAAAAAAAAUAAGAAUUCAGGUAAACUUGCAGAAGUUGAUCUUUCAUUUAUAGUAAGUCAAAUGUUCGCCAAAGUUGACACAAGUUUUAGACAAGAUUUUAUGCAAAAUUUGGCAUAUACCUCUUCUAAAGUUGGAUUUUUCCAAUAGAGUCAAAUAGAUCUCUGUGAUCCCAAUUUUUUUAAUUACGCAAAGUUACCUGUACAGAUAAUAUCAACCAUUUACAAGAAAAUGCUGCAAUUAUAUUUUUUCUGAGAAAAAAAUUGUGAAUAUGUACCAAAUUGUGAAUAUGUACCAAAUUGUGAAUUUGUACCAAAUUGUACAGUAUGUCUUUAUCACUGAAGUGUUAUUAUUGGGAAAUUAAUCUGAUGUGAAUUCAAUGGAAUUGCUUUUUGUAUGUCGAGAAUUACUUAUCCUAGUUGAAAUAUUGGAAUUUGAAAUCGUGGAAGCAUCAUGGUGUAUCGGUUCUGUCUUUCUCCUUGUAAUCAGAGAGUCCUUUGGCGAGGCGUCAAUCCACACUUUGCCACUCUCCACCAAAAUGGGUACCUGCUACCCAGCAGGAUGUUAAAGCCUAGUAUGUAGUAUGACUAGCAAUUGAAUCUUUAAACCAUUGUUGGAAUGCUCCCCAGGGAGUGGAUAAAUUGCAUACAUUGUGUGCAGGCAUGCCAAGAUCCAAUAAUGGGAUAAUGAUAUUUGAAAGGCGCUAUUAAAGAGACGUCAUUCUUAUGUAAAGCGCUAUUUAGAAGCGAAAUAUUAUUUACACUCAAAGAAGCAUGCCGGUUGCUUCUUUUUCAUCCCUUGAUUGUGAUUUUAUUUUUCUUAUAUUUUUGAAUGCCAUUAAUUGUGUGUCGCUUUGCUAUAAAUUUAUUGCAUGUAAAAACCCUUUUCAUUUGAGCAAAAUGUUCAAAUUUCCACAAUAAAAAAUACCCAAAAAACAAAUCAAAUGAACCAUUCUAUUUUGCCAAAGAAGUACUUGUACUGCAUGUGACUGAUGUGAGGGAUUUCCAUCUGCUUUUAAUGUUUUCUUCGAGUUUUUAUUUUUUAUUUAAUUAUUUUGAUGACACUGAUGUGGCUGAAGUGAAUUUUAAAGGGUUUUCUCCACUAAAAUCAUCAAAAACCUACAUCCAUCAGUUUCCCCAUUGAAAUGUUUCAUGUGCAUGUAUAAACCUUAUAUCUAGUAUUACCAGUGUAUUAGCUACAUGUAUGUUUUCCCUUUUGGUUUUUGCUUCAUAUUCAGAGUUAAAAUAUAUAUUUUUUUGUUUUGCUGUGUUUUAGUUUUCUACUUUCAGACUAUCAUUUCCAUAUAACAGUGGUGCUCAAAAGUUUGUGAACCCCACCAGAAAAUGACCAUAUUUCAAGUAUUCAAGUUCUGCCAUGUUUUAGAUAUUUAAUCGUGAAGUCUGGUGAUGAUAGUUUUACAUUCAAUAAAGUUUGUUUCUCUGGGCUCGCCAAACAUUGUUAAUGUUGUCUACAUUUGACACUCAGCAAGGAGUGUAUUUUGAAGUGUUCACUAACUUUUGAGAACAACGUAUAUAGGGUAUAUUUUAUGUUAUAUUCAUUUACAGAGGGUGUUAAAAACUCAAGAUGUACUCGUAUGAUUCAGUACAAUGUCUAGGUUAUCUCUGUUCUUUUUUCCUUUUUUCACAUGUGUGUGCCUUCAGCAUUUUAAAAGCAUGUUUUUAAAAUGGACUUGGCACCUUAUUAAUCGCAUGCAUUAUCAUAUCCUUGCUUACAUUAUCAUGACAAACAUCAAAUCAACCUUGAACCCUGGCCUUGAACCCGAUCAUACAUUUUAAAAACAAAAUUAUUGAGUUUACUAGAGUGAGUAUUCAUCUCUUCUUAUAUAUGUUUGAUCUGGAGUUUGCAAGCCCUUGAAUGAAUGUGAUCAGCUUAUUUGUUUAGUACGUGAUAUGUGAUGUAACCUUGUGUUUUGUUAAGCCUUCCAUAUGUAUGGAUAGAUUUGAAGGAUAAUACAUAAAGACAUCAGGCUUCUGUAGAUGCCUUUAAUGGAUUGACUUGAUACAUGAUUGUUGGUCAUGGUUUAAGCCUAAAAAAAAAAUAAUAAAAAUAAAAUUGCCCCCUACCCCCUGGCCUAGGCGUAAGUUUCAAGCUGUAGCAAUGAUCUUUAAAUGAGCUUGAGAAAGGUUUGGUGUAAAAAGUACCAGAAAAAUAAUAAAAAAUAUCCGUGAAGGCUUGAAGAAAAUCCAUCAAAGAUUAAGAAAGACUUAUCAGAGAAUUUUGAGGGUUUUUAUGACGUCAUAUACAAGCAGCUGCCCCCCAUGUUUUCUUACAUAAAAUGCAUAAAUUCAAUUUUUAAUGGUUCAUGAUGACCAAAAAUGCUUUUUAUUUCUGGAGCGGAUGUGAAAUGAUUUGUCUAUUGACAUACAUGUAAAGAAGGUACAAUAAUGGGGAAGCUGAUCACAUAUGACAUCACAUAUAAAAAAAAUCUUUUUUUUUAUCUUUGAUGAACUUUUUCAAACCUCCAAUAUUUUUUUGAAACUAUUUUUCUGCUAUUUUUACAGUAACUUUUUUGUCGGGUUGAACUCCCAUCUUUGAGCAUGCACAGUAUAAGUCUGAAUUUUAGGAGUAAUAAUAUGUCAUCAUAUUUGCUGAAUAUGCAUUGAUGUGUGUAAUUAUUUGGAAGGACAAUAUGGGAAGGUUUGAUAAUAAAGAUACUGGUUGUGCUAUUUCAGGUGCUUAUGGAAUAACUAGAUGUAAUAUAUUGCUUCCAUUUACUAUGAAUUAGUGACUGUUUAUUAUAAUGCCAAUAUGGCUGUGAACGAUAGGGUGUUUGUAUGGGGGGGGGGGGUGGGUUGGGAGGCUGAAGGCAGUAUCUCUCUUAAGCUUGAAACUGGAGUGCAACUAGAGAUUGCGCUUGUUUCAUAGACUCCUGAUAUUUUUUGAGUUGCCAAAUAGUAGCAAGAAAUGUAAACAUAUUAGAUUGUUUGUCUGUUUGUUUGGAGAAUGGUUCAUGAGGCAUCUCACUAGUUGCAGAGAUUAUCAUGCUGCAACUGUUGGCAAUGUCUUGGAGACGUCUCCAAGUAAAUUGACCGACACCUGCCUUGAUCAGAGUGUAGACUGUAGACAUUUUUUGAGGAGAUGUCUUGAAGACUUAUUUGCAACCAAAAGUUGAGACAUCACGGCGGUGUCUUUGCAGGUGAGAUACUGCCAUAAGCCAGUAACAGUAAGAAAAUGGAUGCUAUGGAUAAACUGAAUCAAAAUCAUUAAUUUUCUCAUAUACAUUUGUAAAGACACCAAUAAAACCUCCAUAAAAUCAAUUUCUGUUAUAUAUUUUUGACAACAAUUUACAGAUUUAUUAUUAAAUACUUGAAAAGUCCUGCAUUACAAAGUGAUUCUGAUCCUCAUCUUGUUUACAUUCAUUGUAUUAUAGACAUAAUGAAAUAUAUCACACUGCUGAUAUUCUAUUUCUCAUCUUCAAUUGCAAAUGAACA